AAUCCUCGUGUUAUAAUCAACCAAACGUGGAUUUUAAUUUGGUCGUCACUAAUCACUUAGGCGAAUACAAUUCAGGUUCCGCUAUAAUUAAUAACUAAUUCAAAACGCGUACAUUUUACCUUACUCAAACACAAACUUCGGGAUGUACUGGGUAUGUUUUGUUUAGUCGUUUUUCUUCUUGAUUACAGAAUCUGAAGAUAUGUGUGACAUAUGUUAAUAAGAUCAAGAACGAGGGGAAGUACGAAUCGAAUCAUGUAACAAUCUAUAUAUAUGUAACCAAAUCAGUAGGAAGAGUCAGACUUUUUUAACCUUAGAAGUGAAUGCAAUGGCUCCUCUUUGGUGGUUAGGUGAACACUUUCUUCCCUUCUUGCUUGUUGUAUUGCUGGUGUUUAUAUCCUUAAGGUACUUUUUUUCCGAGAAAAGAAGAAAAAGAAGUCGAAAUCUCCCACCAAGCCCUCCAAAGCUACCUAUAAUAGGGAACCUCCAUCAGCUUGGAAAGAUGCCUCACUUAUCUCUUCUGCAGCUAGCCAAGAAGUAUGGUCCAAUUAUUUAUUUGCAACUCGGGGAGGUUCCAACAGUGGUGGUUUCGUCAGCUAGAAUGGCGAAAGAAGUGCUGAAAACCCAUGAUCUUGCACUUUCAAGCCGGCCUCAGAUAUACUCAGCCAAGCACCUGUUCUAUGAUUGUACUAAUGUUGUUUUUUCUCCAUAUGGCGCCUACUGGAGGCACAUAAGAAAAAUCUGCAUACUUGAAUUAUUUAGCGUGAAACGAGUUCAGUCUUAUAGUUUCGUGAGACAAGAGGAGGUUGCUCGGCUUGUCAGUAGAAUUGUGGAUUCAUAUCCCGGCACCACUGAUUUAACCAAGGUGCUUGGACUUUACGCGAAUGAUGUACUGUGCAGAAUUGUGCUAGGAAGGGACUACUCGAGAGGAGGUGAAUAUGAUCGACUUGGAUUCCAGAAGUUGCUGGAGGAUUAUCAGGUUCUGCUUGGAGGAUUUAACUUAGGAGACUUUUUUCAUUCAAUGGAAUUUAUUUACAAACUUAAUGGCAUGAAAUUAAAACUUCAAAAUACCUCUAAGCGCUUUGACGAGUUCUUUGAUGAGGUAAUCAAGGAACAUCUGAAUCCAAAUGAAGAUAAAGGAGAGUUCAAAGACCUUAUUGAUAUCUUACUGGAAAUUCAGCAGAAUCAGGACACCGAGUUGCCUCUCACGAUGGAUAAUCUAAAAGCCAUUAUGUUGGAUAUGUUUGCAGCAGGAACCGAUACAACAUUCAUAACCUUAGAUUGGGGGAUGACAGAACUUAUAAUUAACCCCCGAGUUAUGCAGAAGGCACAAGCUGAAGUACGAAAAGUUGUUGGAAAAAGAACAGUUGUCUUAGAGAGCGAUUUACCUGACUUGCAUUACAUGAAAGCUAUUAUUAAGGAGAUAUUCCGCCUACAUUCUCCUGUUCCAGUACUUGUCCCAAGAGAGUCAAUGGAAGAUGUGAAAAUUGAUGGAUAUGACAUUCCUGCAAAAACCCGAUUUUAUGUUAAUGCCUGGGCUAUAGGAAGGGACCCUAUAUCCUGGGAAAAUCCGGAAAGCUUUGAGCCAGAGAGAUUCAUGAGAAGCAGUAUUGACUUCAGGGGGCAAGAUUUUGAGUUGCUGCCUUUCGGUGCUGGUAGAAGAGGUUGUCCCGCUAUUGUUUUUGGAACAGCAGUUAUUGAACUUGCCUUGGCUCAACUUCUUCACAGUUUUGAUUGGGAGCUUCCCGCAGGAAUCCAAGCUAACGAUCUUGAUAUGACAGAACUUUUUGGCAUCUCAAUGCACAGAAUAGCUCAUCUGGUCGUGGUUGCCAAACCACACUUUCCAUAGGUUCUAGCAGCAUUGCUGGUCCUUUUACCCCACUGCAACAUCAUAUCUUUUAUCACUUCUACUCCAAGCUGUUUCUGGUGAGAACUGAGAAUAAAGUGUGGUCUCAAUAAAUUUGUAAUGGGAAAUUUGCGUAUUAUUUUGCAUUUUCAGGACUUUGGUAUCUGGUUUUUGGAUUAACGACACUCGUUGAAUGGUAAACGCGAUGAGCAUGGAUAAUAACAUGAAAUCGGUAGAUAAAAUCAUGUAGAUUGUAAUAAACUGACAACAUGAGCCAACGAUUCGAGUUACUUCUGCUGCCAAGCACUGUGGUAAUAUGAACUAAUGGUCUUUUCAUUUGA